CGCCGCUUAGGGUCGCCAUGAAAACCCCAGCCCCGACGCCCGAGGCUACAGGCCUUUCUGUUCAGAACCUUGCUCUUUUCUCCAAGGAGAAGCCAGAGGAUAAAUCCAGUAGGGGUCUCCUGGAAGCCAGAGCUGAGGAAUCAGUGACAUUCAAGGAUGUGGCUGUGGACUUUACCCAGGAGGAGUGGGGUCAGUUAGACUCUCCUCAGAGGGCCCUUUACCGGGAUGUAAUGCUGGAGAACUACCAGAACCUUCUUGCCCUCGGGCCUCCUGUCCACAAGCCAGAUGUGAUCUGCCACCUGGAACGAGGUGAGGAGCCAUGGAGGGUGUACAGAGAAGUCCACACAAGGAUUUGUGCAGAAUGGGAACCCAAACCUACAAUGAAGGGGGAGGACUCUGCACAGCAGAACAGAUGCAAAACACAAAUGGCCCAGGAGUGGCUUCUGGAGCAGCUGCAGAGGCCCAGUGUGGGCAGGGUACAGGCCUGGGAGGCUGUGCCCCGAGGGGACAUCAUCCUCCCAGAGAGCAGGGGACACGGUGGGUCUGAGGAGGGUACCCCCGGCCAGUGUCCCCGCACCGCCACGCCCACCGACCUUGCAGGAGGACACUCACCUGUCAGAUGCCCCCCAGGUGCCCAGGGCACCCGGGAGCUAGACCAAGGCCACCAGAGAGAGUGCCCCGGCACCGAGGACUUGCGAUCGGCCAUGUCAAGGCAAUCACCGCCGCCGCCUGAGCGCAGGAGGCGGAGCCGGGCGGUGGCAGGGCCUGGCGCGUUCCCGUGCGCCGAGUGCGGGAAGGCGUUCCCGCAGAGCGCCGCCCUGGCGCUGCACCGGCGCUGGCACCGGCGCGAGAAGACCUACACGUGCGGGGAAUGCGGCAAAGCCUUCCCGUGGAGCACCAACCUGGUGGAGCACCAGCGGCGCCACACGGGCGAGAAGCCGUUCUCGUGCGGCGAGUGCGGCAAGGCCUUCAGCUGCCGCUCGUCGCUCAACGUGCACCGCCGCACCCACACGGGCGAGCGGCCGUACAAGUGCGGCGCGUGCGCCAAGGCGUUCAGCUGCAGCUCGCUGCUCGCCAUGCACCUGCGGGUGCACACUGGGGAGAAGCCGUACGCGUGCGGCGAGUGCGGCAAGGCCUUCAACCAGCGCACGCACCUCACCCGCCACCGCCACGUGCACUCAGCCGAGAAGCCGCACAAGUGCAGCGCCUGCGGCCGCGCCUUCACCUGCCCCUCGUCCCUCGCCGCGCACCAGAAGACCCACAGCGGGGACAAACCGUUCCAGUGCGGCGACUGCGCCAAGGCCUUCCGCAGCCGCGCGCGCCUCACCCUGCACCGGCGCAGCCACACCGGGGAGAAGCCCUUCCCCUGCCCCGAAUGCGGCAAAGCCUUCAGCUGCCACUCGUACCUCGUGGUGCACCGGCGGAUCCACAGCGGGGAGAAGCCGUUCAAGUGUACCGACUGCGGCAAGGCCUUCAACUCGCACUCCUACCUCAUCGUGCACCGCAGGGUGCACACCGGAGAGAAGCCGUUCGACUGCAGCACCUGCUGGAAAGCCUUCAGCUGCCACUCGUCGCUCAUCGUGCACCAGCGGGUCCACACCGGGGAGAAGCCCUACAAGUGCCCGGUGUGCGGCAGGGCCUUCAGCCAGAACCACUGUCUGAUCAAGCACCAAAAGGUCCACGCCGGGGAGAAAGCCUUUCAGUGUAGCCAAUGCGGCGAGGCCUUCGGCUGGAGCUCGCACCUCCUGGAACACCAGAGGCUGCAUGCUGCAGAGAGACCCUUCUCCCUGCAGCUGGGCGGCCACUUGCUGAGCACCUACUAUGUGCCUGGAGACCUGCUAGGCACGGAGGACACAGGCGAUCGGGAUGUGGAUGCCGUGAAUGCACUGGAUGUGGCAAAGCUCUUGUGUGUGGUGCAGCCACCACCUAGCAGGACUUCACCGCUGGGAAGUAAGGCGGGCAAUUAG